AUGAAGUCGAUUCUCAUUGUAGGUGCCACUGGAGCUCAAGGCGGCGCCAUUCUCCGUCACCUUUCCAGCACUGGACAAUACAACAUCACGGCCUUCACACGCAGCGCAACAUCCCCCAAGGCUAUUGAACUAGCCGCUCUGCCCAACGUUAAGAUCGCUGUCAGUGACGCCGCAACUGGCUAUGACACCAAGGCGUUUUUGGCCGCUGCCUCAGAUGUAGACUACGUUCUGGUGAACACUGAUGGAUUCGCGCUCGGAGAGCAAGCUGAGACGUAUUGGGGAAUUCGAUUGUUUGAAUUAUCUGCUAGGGCUGGAGUCAAGCACUUCAUCUUCAGUGGUCUUGACUCUGUUGGGCCCAAAUCUAACUAUGAUCCUGAUCUCUACGUUGGACAUUAUCAAGGCAAGGCUAGAAUUCAAGACUGGAUCCAUGCACAGAAAGAGGUAAAAAUGCAGUGGAGUAUUAUCAGAUCAGGUCCAUAUAUGGAACUCCUCUCUGCAGUCAUGUCACCUGCCAUUGAACAGGACGGUUCACUCACCUUCCAACUCCCUCUUGACAACGGCUCAAUCCCAUUCAUCCACCUCGACGAUUUCGGCAAAUAUGCUGAUUGGGCGCUGCAGCAUCCUGAUGAGUCGAACCACCUGGACUUUGGCAUUGUCACCGUUCUCGCAACUGGUGAGCAAAUUGCCAAAGCUUCCGAGAAGGUCAGCGGAAAAAAAAGUCGUUUCGUCAAUGUCCCCAUUGACAUUUGGAACUCUGUUGCCUGGAAAGCUCUUCCCAAUGGUUCGGAUACCAAGAUUGGCUUCCAGACUGUCAAGGACGAUAGUGGACUACUCAUGACGUAUGGGGAGAACUUCAAGAACUGGUGGAACCUUUACAAGGCGAGUCCCAGCGACAAUUCGGGAUUGAUUCAGAGAGACUUUCAGUUUUUGGAUAGAAUUGUUCCAGAUCGUGUCAAGACUGUUGAGGAGUGGAUGAAAAGGGUUCAAUAUACUGGUGAUAAACAGGAUCUCCUUAAUCUGGAGGCUCAUACUAAGUAG